CAAACGACUGGUCUGAAACUUACGCUCUAAGCCAGUCAUCAGGCAAAGACCAUCGCGGUCUCUUCAAACCCGAAUCCCAAGGAAUUAUCCGCAAUCACACUUCCAAGCAUCUCGACUGCAGCGAUGUCGCGAAAGGGCCUGCAACAGGCAUAAAUCUACUUCAUGUGUGUCGACAGUUUUACCGAGAUACAUCAACGAUGCCGUAUAGCGUCUCGACAUUCUGGUUCAAUGACGAGUUUGCGAUGGAGACUUUUAUUAUGGAAGCUCUUACAGCUCGGCAACGUGAAGCUAUUACGCAUAUCCAAGUUGGCCUGAGUGUGCGGGCUGGUAUGAAUUUCGCUACGUGUCUACAAUCAAUGCCUAAUCUCAAGAAACUGGAGCUGAAUGUUGCGUACUUGGACGCCGACUUGUUUACGCCUUGGUUACAGGCUGGCGCACCGGAGCCGGAUGAUGACUUAGAGUUUCCGGUGAAGCUGAGAGCCAGGGUGCAAGUCAUUGCGGGAUUUGAUAAGGGAGACCAGAUUGAUGUUGGAAGAGUCGUUAGGCGACGAGUGGCUUUGAGGUUGGAGAAUUUCUUGCUCGGGCGUCCUGUGGAUGAUGAUGCGCAGGUGCCGAAGGGAAGUUGCGAUCGGUCUAUGUCGACUUGGCGGUAUUUGUUAAGGAAUGGAUGUAGUAUAUAAAAGGAAGUAGCCUACAAGAGAUAACUCGUAAUUGAAUACCCCUUUACCGCUCC